AUGAUAUCCCGAGCGGCGGCUCCCUCCACCUCCACUCUCUCCCACCUCUCGAGCCGCUCCCUCCGCGCCCAGGGAGCGGCCGCCCGCUCCUUCGCGACUGUGCAGGAGGCUCCUCCCGUCAAGCACUAUGGCGGCCUCAAGGACCAGGAUCGUAUCUUCACCAACCUCUACGGACACCACGGCCCGGAUCUGAAGUCGGCGAUGAAGUAUGGUGGUGAUUGGCACCGGACAAAGGAUAUCGUGCUCAAGGGCCACGACUGGCUCAUUUCUGAGAUCAAGGCGUCUGGCCUGCGUGGUCGCGGUGGUGCCGGUUUCCCCUCUGGAUUGAAAUAUGACUGGGACAAGGACCCACGCCCACGGUAUCUGGUUGUCAACGCUGACGAGGGCGAGCCGGGCACUUGCAAGGACCGUGAAAUCAUGCGGAAGGACCCACAGAAGCUGAUUGAGGGCUGCUUGGUUGUUGGCCGUGCCAUGAACGCCAAUGCUGCCUACAUCUAUAUCCGUGGCGAGUUCUAUCAGGAGGCGACUGUUCUGCAGCAGGCUAUUAACGAGGCCUACGCUGCGGGCUUCCUCGGCAAGAACGCGUGCGGUACCGGCUACGAUUUCGAUGUCUACAUUCACCGCGGAAUGGGCGCUUACAUUUGCGGUGAGGAAACCUCUCUCAUCGAGUCCAUCGAGGGCAAGGCCGGCAAGCCCCGCCUGAAGCCCCCAUUUCCCGCCGCUGUUGGUCUGUUCGGCUGCCCCAGCACCGUGACCAACGUCGAGACUGUUGCUGUCGUCCCGACCAUUGUUCGCCGCGGUGCCAGCUGGUUCUCGUCCUUCGGCCGUGAGCGUAAUGCCGGUACCAAGCUUUUCUGUAUCUCCGGCCACGUCAACAACCCCGUCACCGUUGAGGAAGAGAUGUCUAUCUCACUGCGCGAGCUGAUCGACAAACACUGUGGUGGUGUCCGCGGUGGUUGGGACAACCUUUACGCCGUUAUCCCUGGUGGUUCUUCGACUCCCGUUAUUCCCAAGUCCGUCGCUGACGACCAGCUUAUGGACUUCGACGCCUUGAAGGACUCCCAAUCCGGUCUGGGUACUGCUGCCGUCAUCGUCAUGGAUAAGUCCACCGACAUCGUCCGCGCCAUCGCCCGCCUGUCCUCCUUCUACAAGCACGAGUCUUGUGGUCAGUGCACUCCUUGCCGUGAGGGUAGCAAGUGGACCAUGCAGAUGAUGCAGCGUAUGGAGCAGGGUAACGCCCGCGAGCGGGAGAUUGACAUGCUCCAGGAGCUCACUAAGCAGGUCGAGGGCCACACCAUCUGUGCUCUGGGUGAGGCCUUUGCCUGGCCCAUCCAGGGCCUGAUCCGCCACUUCCGCCCCGAGCUGGAGGCCCGCAUCCGUCAAUAUGAGAAGGAGAUUGGCGGUGCUCCCUUCGCUGGUGGCUGGAAACCGGAAGCACGUGCUGAGGGCAAGCUGAUCUCCCCUGGCAUGUAA